AAGCAGCACAGGGAGGGAUGGGGAUGUACAAAGAGCUGUAUCUGGAGGAAGUGAAAACCAGAAGAUGCCUUGCCAAGAAACUGGAAAGGCUGGAAAAGCUUCUGAGGACAGAGAGCAGGAAACUCCGGGUUAAUGAAGAGAAGGGAAGUCAGUCCCAGCUGGAAGAAAUGAAGAAGAGAUAUUCUGAAAAGGUCAAGGAAGUUGAUAGAUUCCAAAGAGAGGUUGCUGAACUUUCCCAGCAGUUGGACAGGGAACGUGAACAGUGCACGCAGCUGGAGGCCAAAAACCAGGCUUUGCAAGAAGAGCUGUCUGCCCUGCGUGGGGAGUGCGAGAACCUGGCCAUGGACAAAUGCCAGCUGCAAGAAGAGCUGGCAAAACUCCACCAUCAUUUGGAGACCAACGUGGUGGAUCGCAGCCAACUCGAACAGUGUAAAAGAGAGGUGGAAGAACAAGCAGACCAGGAAAUAAGACAAAAACUCCAGGAAGUCAAUGAGUUUUUGCAAGUAAGUGAAUUUCUCCCCAGUGUCCACAGAAGUCGAGUAGUAGCCAAGGCUGUGGAGGGGAACUUUGCAAAAGCCUUCCUGCCAGAGAUGACUCUGUGUGUGCUUGUGAAUGUUUCAGAGCUACUGAGAGACUUGCAGUGGCCAACACCAAGCUCUUUUUGGAGCGCCACAGAAGCAGAUCUGCAGUCCCAAGCAGCACUGUCAGCGGAGUUCUGGCUGCAAGUCCACUUCUGGAUUCACCUGGCCUGGGACAUCUUGGCAUCAGUUUGGGACUGA